ACGUGUGGCGGUUGGUGAUGAAGGCAAAGGUUGGUUAGGGUUACCCUCCAUUCUCUAUCCUUCCAUAUACGGAGGACAUUCUUAAACUCGCAGGGUCGGUUACCUUUGGAUUUGAUCUGUUUCCUAAAUUUGCUGCAAAUUUUAAACAUGUCCGAUGAGAAUAAUAUUCACUUCGAUUCUCUCUGCUUUUUCUGAAAGGUUAAUAAUUAAAUCAAUUCCCCAUUUUCAUUUUUUCCAUCUUCCUCUUUUCUCAUAAUAAAUAACAUUUUCAAUCAAUAAUCAUCGAUCAAUCAAUCUCUAUAGAUCCAAUUUUGAAGCCAAUUUUAUUUUUAAUCAAAUGAAUAUGUAUCUUUCUAUCGUUUUACGGUAUGGAGUGUUUUGACAUCUGGAAGAGAUCAUGGUGCAGUGCCUAGACGGAUUAAAGCAUUUGUGUGCUGCUGUGGUAAAUUGCUGCGAGUCUGAUCCGUUAAAUCAACCUAUAGGUUUAGAAAAUCCAGAAAUUCUUGCAAGAGAGACAGUGUUUAGUGUAAGUGAGAUUGAAGCACUUUAUGAACUGUUCAAGAAGAUCAGCAGUGCAGUGAUUGACGAUGGACUAAUUAAUAAGGAAGAAUUUCAGUUGGCAUUGUUCAAGUCAAACAAGAAGGAGAGCUUAUUUGCAGAUAGGGUGUUCGACUUGUUUGAUACAAAGCACAAUGGGAUACUUGAUUUUGAAGAGUUUGCACGUGCUCUCUCUGUUUUUCAUCCCAACGCACCCGUUGAUGAUAAGAUUGAGUUUUCUUUCCAAUUGUAUGAUCUCAAACAGCAAGGUUUUAUCGAAAGACAGGAGGUAAAACAAAUGGUGGUGGCCACUCUAUCUGAAUCUGGUAUGAAUCUUUCAGACGAUGUGGUCGAAAGUAUUAUUGACAAGACAUUUGAGGAAGCUGAUACAAAACAUGAUGGGAAGAUUGACAAGGAAGAAUGGCGAAACCUUGUCGUGCGGCAUCCAUCCCUUCUGAAAAAUAUGACUCUUCAGUAUCUGAAAGAUAUAACCACCACAUUUCCUAGUUUUGUUUUUCACUCCCAAGUUGACGAUACUUGAGGCAGCUACAUCAUCCAUGUCACUUUUAUUGGUCUUGAAUACAAAUGGUUUAUGUUUUGCUUGUGAAUACUGGGAUUUUGUUUGAAGGAUGCAGUUUGGGAUGGAUAUAGACCUUGUUUAUAUUUUUGUUGAGUAUAGAACUUUGUUUCUUGUUUUGGAUCAUUGAGGUAUGUAGAUUGGACAAAUGGGUUUGCUUGUUGAUUUCCUUCAUUUGAGAAUAAAAGAGAAACCACAUGGAAUAUUUAAGUGUUUCAGGCUUUCAGCAUUAGCACCAUGGAUAUGUUGGUGAGAAAAAUAUUUAUUUGUCACAAGUCUAGUGCAAUGGCUUGGGCAAGCUGUGAAGGUGGAGCUCAUGACCAGAGUUGAGAUUUGCAACACCAAAAAACAUGAGUGAAUGGCAGCUCCUGCCUAGAACCAACAUUUCCCUUACUUACAUUUUCUUUUGCUCUUAUAAUUGUCACUAUUCUUUUUAAGGCCGUUGGCAAUAAGAAAAUUAGAUAUGGUGUAUAA